AUGAACGUUCCUUGCACUAAGGUCUCCUGGGCUGCUGUGACCCUCCUGCUGCUGCUCCUGCUGCUGCCGCCCGCUCUCCUGUCGCCUGGGGCAGCUGCGCAGCCCCUGCCUGAUUGCUGCCGCCAGAAGACAUGCUCGUGCCGCCUUUACGAGCUGCUGCAUGGCGCAGGCAACCACGCCGCGGGUAUCCUCACGCUGGGCAAGCGGCGGCCAGGACCUGCGGGGCUGCAGGGCCGGCUGCAGCGCCUCUUGCAGGCCAGCGGCAACCACGCGGCCGGCAUCCUGACCAUGGGCCGCCGGGCAGGUGCAGAGCCUGCGCCACGUCCCUGUCCUGGCAGCCGCUGUCUCGCUGUGGUCCCCACGGCCUUGGCGCCACGUUCUGGGAUCUGA